GCAUUUCGACGUAACUCUCCAACAUGGGCGUCAAAGUAAAAAACGGUAAAAAAUAUGAAUUGGUGGCGCCAGAUGGUGGAUGGGGUUACAUGAUUGGUGUAGGCGUGAUUAUAAAUUUGAUAACCAUAUCAACGUUCCUGGCGAGUUUUGGAAUGAUAUUUAAGGAUCUUUUCAUUGAACUGAACAUGGAUUCAACUAGUAUCACUUUUUUAAAUGGAGUUAGUGCACUAAGUGCUGCUUUAGCAGGAAUGAUUGUGAAUCCUCUAUUAAAGCUUCUAUCCUUACGUCAACUCGGCCUGGUUGCUGCGACAAUAUUUAAUUUGGGAAUAUUUGGCAACGUUUUUGUGAAUUCGAAACUGACAUUUUUCCUUUGCUUAGGAGUGCUACAGAGUGUGGGUAACGGAUUGAUAUAUAAUAUAUCCUGUACAGUAUUGAAUAACUAUUUUGUUAAGAGGCGACUGCUGGCUGUCAGUUUUACGCAGACUAUUAUAGGAGCUAUCGCCUUAUUUUCACCUCAAUUUGUCAAGUGGACUUUAGAAACAUUUGGAUUGAGAGGAACUUUAUUAAUCAUAUCAGCUGUUUCCUUGCAAAAUAUAGUCGGAAUGGCCUUGAUGCAGCCAGUGGAGUGGCAUAUGAAAAAGGUUGAAGUAUCCGAAGACAAUGAAAACGAAACUAAGUCCCUUUUGGCUUCGGAAGAAAAAGGUUUCAAAGGCAAAGAAGAUUUAAAACCAGUAAACAAAUCUGAGCUCGAAAACGGCAUCAAGAAAUCAAUUGAGAAAUUCAGUGUUGAAAAUACAAAAAAUGAAGAGUAUCAUGGCAGAAAAAAUUUCAUUUCAAAUUUCAUAGAUGUCUCACUUUUUAAGACCUUUCUUUUAUCGAAUGCAGCUGUCGGAGUGGCUCUAAGUUUGUUCUCUGAAUAUUUAUUUAUAUUUAUGCUUCCACAAGCCUUAUACGCAUUAGGAUGGAAUGAGGGAAAUAUAGCUUGGGCUCUGACUUUAAACGCGAUGACUGAUUUGGGGACGAGAGCUUUUUUUAUAUUCAUGAGCAGCUGGCUUCUUAACGUUGGAAGCCAUGAGAUUUACGUGGUUGGACUAGUCCUGGCUCUAAUUACCAAGCUUGGAAUGCUCUGGUCAGAUGAUAUGCUGGUGAUGACAGUUUUUAUAACAAUGAUGGGAAUACCGCGUUGCACUAUAAUGAUGCUUCUACCAGUAGUAGUGGCGGAUAGUGUAGAUCAAGACAAGUUUAGCUCUGCAAUGGGAAUAGUGCUACUAUUAUUUGGAUUCUUCAAUUUGUCUGUCGGUCCCUCUAUAGGUGCUAUACGAGACUUGACAAAUAGUUACUCGACAGCUUUCUACAUAUUAUCAUCAUGUUUUGGUAUAGUCAUUAUGUUCUGGACCAUAGAAUUGAUAUAUAAAAAGAACAAACACAAGAGGAUACCGAAGGAAGAGCCGAUAAAAGCCUGAUAUUACUAAAGCUUGCUCAUGAAGUUAUUUAUGAAUUAGAAUUAUUUAUUAUUAUUGCUCAUUAUUGUAAUU